AUGUUGGCUGACGAGACGUACAACGAUAAGAACAAAAACUGGAAGCUUUUUGUGAAAAUGGCAAGAUGCUUUCGCACUCUGCCCGAUAUGCCAGGUGUCGGUGUCUUUCAUGGCUUGCUGCAUGACUGUGACGCUACUUUAGCCACUGAAUUGGACAAGGGCGCUGCGCCAAAGCCAGAUGACGAUGGCUGGGAUCAGUAUGGUUUCAAGGAUGCGGAUUUGCUCGGAGAAUGCAGGCUUUUUAUCGAAUUUUACAUUGAUUGGGAGCACUGGGACGACUCGAACAAGUCUCGUUUUGAAUUUGAUAAGAUGACAAAAGCGGCCUUGAAAGUUGACGAUGAAGCUCGGGCCCGGAAGAGACACGUAAUGGAGGCGGCGGCAGAAGGGCCCUAUUAG